CCAAAAAAUCGAAAAAACCAAAUUCUCUUAAAAAAAAAUGGCAGAAACCGCCGAUACAAUCACCACCACCGCGACCUCACCACCACAAUCCGAAAGCUCCACAACGUUAUCCGCAAUCACAGAUCCAACAUCUCAAGAAGCCGCAUCAAAAGCCACAGAUCUGACCAAAGAAGCCGAGUCAGAGACCAAACCUGGAGGCAUCUCUCUCCGAAUCUGGCCACCGACUCAGAGAACUCGCGACGCUGUCUUGAACCGCUUGGUCGAGACUUUAUCAAAUGAAUCAAUCCUGUCCAAGAGAUACGGUAUUCUCAAACCCGAUGAAGCGUCUACUGUUGCGAAAUCUAUUGAAGAAGAAGCUUAUGGUGUUGCUUCUAACGCUGUGUCUAGUGAUGAUGAUGGGAUUAAGAUUCUUGAGCUUUAUUCUAAAGAGAUUAGUAAACGUAUGCUUGAAUCUGUCAAGGCUCGAUCUGGUAAUGAUAAUGCUAGUGUUGGUAAUGGACCUGAAUCUGUUGAGGAUUUGAACACUGAUGAUGCUACUGCUCCUUCUGUGUCUGAGGAGGAGGAAGAGAAGAGUGAGGCUUGAGGGUUUGGUUUUUUCUACUCUUGUCUCUUUGUCUUCUAGGGUUAUUGUUAUGGUUUUGACUAGUUCUGUGUUCUUUGUAAUGAUAAUGAUGACUUUGUGGAUUUGGUAUUGUUACUUACUUACUUAUGCCUAUGAGACUUGUGUGAGUUUCUUCAUUUUUUGUUGCUUUGGGUUUAUGAGAUUUGAUGAUACUUAGCAAAGUAUGCAUCUUUUUGUUGGUAA